AUGGUUCAAACAGCAGCCUUCGCGGCUAUCUGCCUCGGAACCGUCAGCAUCAUUGCAUGCGUGAUCAGUAUCCCAGUUGUUUUCCAACAAAUCAACGAUAUCAGCAAUGAACUCAAAGUUGAAAUCGAUUCAUGGAAGGCUGAAUCCGAUGGCUUGUGGAGAGACAUGAACAAGUACGGACGUGUCCGCCGUCAAGCUUACGGAUAUGCUGCUCCUCCACCACGCUCUGGAUUCCCAGGACCACAAGGAGGAUUCGGAGACCAACCAUACCCAGGAGGAGAAUCCGGUGGAAGCCCACACCCAUCCGGAGCUAACCUUCCAGGAACCAUUGGAGUACCACCAUCCAUCAGCAACACCGCUUUCAAUGACGGACCAUCAUCCGGACCAAGCGGAAACUGCAACUGCAAGGCUGAUAACACUUGCCCAGCUGGACCCCCAGGACCAAAGGGAGAACAAGGACACGAUGGACCAGACGGAAUCCCAGGAAUCCCAGGUCAAGAUGGACAAGACUCUGAAGAUGCUCAAGCUCAAACUCAACAAUACGCUGGAUGCUUCAACUGCCCACAAGGACCAGCUGGACCAGCUGGACCAGCCGGAAAGCCAGGACCACGCGGUAUGCGCGGAGCUCGUGGACAAGCUGCUAUGCCAGGAAGAGACGGACAACCUGGAUUCCCAGGAACCAUCGGAGGACUCGGAGCCCCAGGACCAAUCGGAGAGGAAGGACCACAAGGAGAGCCAGGAGAGGAUGUUGAACACCAAAUCGGAUUACCAGGAGCUAAGGGAACUCCAGGACUUCCAGGAGACAAGGGAGACGAAGGACCACAGGGAGAUACUGGAGCCCCAGGACAAGCUGGACCACCAGGAGAACGUGGACCACAAGGAUCCAAGGGAGAUGAUGGAGCUUCCGGAGCUUCUGGAGAACCAGGAGAGGAAGGAGAGCCAGGAAAGGAUGCCGAGUACUGCCCAUGCCCACAACGUAACGCUAACGCUAACGUUCAAAGCGCUGGAUACCGUCGUCAUUAG